AUGGCCGCGGCAUUAUUGCUCUGGCUUCUCCGGCCAUUAAAUUUUUUUGUCUUUUUAAUCUUAAUGUUCACAACGUUUGGAUUUGCGUUUUCGGAUCCGGAAUCUGAAGCGUUGUUGAGGCUCAAAAAUUCCUUCAGGAAUGCAGAUAGACUUGAAUCCUGGCACCAUGACAAGCCACCGUGUAAUGAGUCAGAAGAGCAAUGGAAGGGCGUAGUUUGUUUUGAGGGCAGUGUCACGGGUAUUCAGAUUAAUAAUUUGGGAUUGGGAGGAUUGAUUAAUAUUGAUGCCUUGGUUGAGCUUCCUAGUCUUCGUACUAUUAGUAUUGUUAACAAUUCUUUCUCUGGUCAGUUGCCGGAAUUUAAUCGUUUAAGUAAUUUGAGGGCCAUUUACUUGUCGAUGAAUCAGUUUUCGGGUGAGAUACCAACGGAUUAUUUUGGAAAAAUGGGGGGAUUGAGAAAAGUUUGGCUUUCGGAUAAUAACUUUACAGGCCCUAUUCCUACAUCGUUGUUUCAAUUGCCUCAUAUUACGGAGUUACAUCUCGAGAAGAAUCAAUUUAAUUGGACAAUUCCAUCUUUUGAAUUACCAUCUUUGACGCAACUUGACCUAUCCAAUAAUAAAUUGGAAGGGGAGAUUCCGAAUAGUUUGAGGAAAUUCAAUGCAAGUUCCUUUUCAGGAAAUCCGGGUCUUUGUGGCAAAAAAUUGGGAGUGGAAUGUAAUAAGAAGGCUAGUAAUAGGAAGACGCCAAAGCCGCGGCCACAGGCUAAUCCAGAUGCGGCGAAUUCGACGCCAACUGUGUCGGCAAUGAAGAGCAGUCCUGAGCCCCCUGCGGAUAAGGAAGACCAGAAAAAGCUUGUUGCUGCAGCAAUAACAUUAAGUGUGAUGUUUAUUUCAAUUGCAUUUGUGUUUGUACUGAAAUGGAGGAAGAAAGUUAAGGCAUUUGAUGUGCUUGAAAAGGAUCCUGGGAGUGUAAGCGCAGUUGAGCUCCAGGCUUCUGGGUCAUUUAGAAACGACUUGGAGCUGAGCAGGAAGCCAGGAUCAAGUCGCGUCAACAGUAGUCAAGUGAAGAUUGGCAGCGUAGGGGAGUUAGUGAUGGUGAAUGAUGAAAAGGGUGUGUUUGGUUUGCCUGAUUUGAUGAAGGCAGCUGCAGAAGUUCUUGGAAAUGGAACAUUGAGGUCAUCGUACAAGGCACAGAUGGCUAAUGGGACAAGUGUGGUGGUGAAGAGGAUGAAAGAACUGAAUGCAAUGGAAAAAGAAGGAUUUGAUGUAGAGAUUAGAAAGCUUGGAAUGAUAAAACACAGUAACAUCUUAACACCUUUGGCUUACCUUUACAGGAAAGAUGAGAAACUUUUUGUGUAUGAAUUUAUUCCAAAAGGCAGUUUGCUUUAUCUAUUGCAUGGCGAUCGUGGACCAUCACACGAUGAACUCAACUGGCCUACCAGAUUAAAUAUUAUCAAGGGAAUUGCCAGUGGGAUGGAGUAUCUACAUUCUCAACUGGCUUCUCAAGACUUGCCUCAUGGAAAUCUCAAAUCAAGCAACAUCCUUCUAGGCCCUAACAAUGAACCAUUGAUUUCAGAAUAUGGAUUGAGCCCCUUGAUUAGUACUCCCAAUCUUGGACAAGCGAUGUUUGCAUACAAAGCCCCGGAAGUUGUGUCAGAAGGGAAAGUGUCACCAAAAUGUGAUGUAUACUGUUUAGGAGUCGUCAUUCUUGAGAUCCUGACAGGGGAAUUCCCAUCUCAAUAUCUCAACAAUGAUAAAGGAGGGACAGAUGUAGUACGAUGGGUGGCAUCCGCAAUGGCUGAAGGGAAAUUAACAGAAUUGCUUGAUCCAGAGAUUGCAAGUUCAACUGAUUCACUUAAUGAAAUGGAACAACUUCUUCACAUUGGCUUAGCUUGCACCGAAAGUGAUCCCGAGAAGCGCUUAGAGAUGAGAGAAGCAGUACGAAGGAUACAGGAAAUAAAAUCAGCGGGAGAAGGCGAAAGGCCUAGCCAGUUGCAAGAGUUGCCAACGCCUUGAGAUGGCUAUGCAGCUCACAAUAGUAACAAAACUUCAAGGAGGGCAUGGCGAUCAACUGGAGAGAAAUGAAUCAGGCAGCUUUAAUAAUCACAUCAAUAGGCGUUGAGACAGAGAAAAUUAUUUCAUCAGCAUAUCCAAGGCAGUUACUGGAGAAAUACAUGUUGUUCAUGAGGAGAAGAGGCCGAGGUUUCGGCUGCUAAUGUUUG